GCACUGGGUUUACCCGAGUUCAGAUGCACAGCUUUCCUCAAAGAAGAAGACAUGUAUGCAUCUCAUACUUUAACCAUAGCCAAGGACAAUUAGUCAGGACAUGAACUAGGAGCAAGUUAUAGAUUUAAGAAUGGAUAGCAAGCGCAGAAGGGUGGUGAAGUGUCACAAGCAGCCUGAUGAAGAGAAUGCAGAUGGGGGACGAUGUAGAAAGGCAACGAGGAGAAAAAACAAAGACCGUAAAAACAAUGAAGAUGAAGGAAGUGCUGCAGGCAUGGCGCAAGUUACCCCUAUUGAAAGGAGUCGAGAGGAAGGUUGUGCCUCACGGGAGGCAGAAAUUGUCAGCGGGGAGAGAGUUAAAAAGUCUUUGCUUGGUGACAUCAAAGAUGGGGAGGAGGAGGAAGAUUGGGUAAAAGAUGAGUCACAAGUGGGUACAGGUACUGUGAAACUGUCAAAAUCAAGGCUGCACAAAGGGACGCAACUCCUGUCACCUGGUGAUGUAGAUAGGGUACAGGCAUUGACAUCCACAACUACAACUUAUUCAGAACCUGAUGUGGACCAGAGAACCAGUCAGGCACAAUCGUCAACAUCAUCUUUUGUGCACAGCCAGCACAUGCCAUUGGGGGUACCAGAGGUACCAUUGAUUGAACCACAGGUACCAUUGACUGAAACACAGGUACCACUGACCGAUGAAAGUGACUCUGAGAGUGAAGGAUGUACAAGAGCCAAGAGGCGAGGGAAAAACAAGAACAUUGUAAACAGGGAAUGUGUUGACAGUGCCAUGACAGCAGUGGAAGAGGAAGAUGUUCCCUCACAUGAGGCUGAUGUUGGAAGGGACGAUGCUGAAGAAUGUUUGUAUAGUGACUUCACAGAUGAGGAAGAGGAAGGAGAAGAGGAUGGGGAUGGAGAUGGAAUAGGAGAUAUAUCACAACUUGGAGCAGGUGCAGCGAAAGUGAAGUUCCAGACUGUGAAACAAAAAUCAUACAAACUUGUAGAUAAAGGCACUACGUCACUGGCCAAACAUGUUAUUGGAUGUUACCGAAAUCCACAAGAACCAGUGUCGCAACCACAGCUUGACCAAGGGACACAACUCCAUCCAGUUGGUGAUGUAGAUCAGAGGCAGACGUCUCAACCACAGCUACACCAAGGGACACAACUCCAUCCAGCUGGAGAUGUAGAUCAAAGGCAGACGUCUCAACCACAGCUACACCAAGGGACACAACUCCAUCAGGCUGGAGAUGUAGAUCAGAGGCAGAUGUCUCAACCACAGCUACACCAAGGGACACAACUCCAUCCAGCUGGAGAUGUAGAUCAGAGGCAAACGUCAUCACUUGCAACUACACCCUGCUUAGAAACAAGCCCAAGAACAACUCAAACACAGUUAUCAACAUCUUCCAUUCGUCCUCGCAUGUCUAACAUACAAGAAUCUGUUGUAUCAGAGAUUCAGUCACUUGGAGUACCGGAAGUACCACUGACCAGUGAAUCUCCUCCAGGAGCCACCCAGUACAAUUUUAUCCAAGUACAGCAACAGUUUGGGGAAGUUACAGUGAAGGGAGCCAAGAACCUUAGCAUUGGCGGAACUCAGAACUUUGGUAAGCCUGCUCAGGAGGAAGAGGAGGAGCAAGCUUUGAGCACAGUCCAGAAGAUCCGGAAAAGAACAACUUCAAGGAUACAUUCCUGGACCAAGAACAUAGUGGACACAGAAGGUUUGCAGCAGGUAAUUGAUCGCAUUGAGAGAGGAUCAACAUGGGUGACCAUUAAGGGAAGACCAGGUGAGGGGAAGUCUACAGUAGCCUACAUGACUCUCAAAGAUCAACAAAGCAAAGGGAGACAAGUGUUUCAGGUUGUGUCGCCAGAAGAGUUCAAUGAGGUAAUUAUGGCCUGUCCCCACCCUGUCAUAAUGUUGGAUGACAUAUUUGGUGAUCUGGAAUUCGACAGAGCAGAAUGGGCGAGGUGGAGACCAAGUCUACGACCUAUUGUGGAUGUGAAAGAUAUGGACAAACUCACAGACAAUGUUGCUGUGGUUGCAGGAACAUCAGAUGGAACAAGAAGUGACCCGAAACAGUCUAUAAGAAAAGGACCACCCAAAAGGGGACCUAUUAUUAUCCUCGUAGGUCGUGAUUAUGUUCUGAAAUCCUCACUGACUGACUUGGGAAGAAUGGCAGAUUAUAUCACUAACAUCCAACACGUGGUUGAAAUUACAACUCAAAGAGACACAGAUGAAAAAAGACAAAUUUGGAAUGUUAAUGCCCAGGGGAAGAACAUAGACUUCAAUGAGACAGUUGUUUCUAAAAUAUUGAAUGCUGACUGUCCUCAUGGGUUUCCUCAUGUGUGUAAAAUGUUUGCCACUGAAUAUGAAAAGGAAAAGAAUAUGAUUCCAGUUGAGUCUUUCUUCAACAAGCCUCUUGGGUUUCUCAAACAGACGCUGAACAAGUUUCUGGCAGAUAGAAGUAAGUGUGACUUAUUCAAAGCUAUGGCUCAAAGAGAUGGACAGAUCAGUGAGCAGGAUAUACCAGGAGAUGAUUGCAAGUCAGCUGCCAAUGACUUACUUGGAUCUUAUCUCAAGAAGGAAGAUGAUGUAUACACGUUCGACCAUCCAUCUAUUUUUGACACUGUUGCCCUUAUUCUGAUCCAGAAUCACACAAGCUUUGUCAUUGAAAAGUGCAGUUUGCCAUUUAUCCACCAACGUCUUCGUUUGAAACCUUCCACAAGAUCAGCUGAUGAUGCAUCUGUAGAUACAGAUCUUGUAGCACGUAUUCCACAGUUCUAUGCUGUACAAUUAGCUAUGAGAUUUGCUGCUGAAGUUCAAAGAAGGAAUCUGUUGCAUGUGCUGUCACACCAGGCAUGUUGUGAUGUGGAGUUCAUUGACAAACUGAUGAACUUCCUGAAGACAGGCUGUCAUGCUUCCGUUCCUGAUAUGCUAAGUCUUACUGAUAAAUCAUCGCAUCAGUCAUUUUGUGAAUUACUUUCCAGCAACAAAUCACAUCAGUUUAUCAACUACAUUAUGAUGAAAGAAAGCGUACAAUUUUCUCAGAAUGGAAUUAAAGAAAUUUUACUUGGGGUGUGCAGAAAUGCUGCUGGCAAUGUUUUGACAUACAUGAAAGAACACAUGCACUUUGAUAUAGACACUCGGUAUGGAUUGGAUCAUCAAACACCGCUAAUGAUCGCAGCAGGAACUAGAAACAGCAGUUUCUUGAAGCAGAUUCUGUCUUUAAAUCCUGAUCUGAAUGCUGCAGACAGACGGUAUAAGUCUGUCCUUCAUUACAUUUGUGAGAACGGUCUUACAUCCGCUGUUGCAUACAUUGUUGACAAAGGUGUGGAAGUGAAUGUACAGAUGGCUUUCCAGCAUAUGCCUCUGUACUUGGCAAUACAAAAUGGACACAUUGAGGUUGUUAAACUUCUCUUGAAUAGAGGAUGUGACAGUGACAAUCAUAAGGGCCUGCUUUGUGCGAUUGGCAGUGACAAGAAUGACAUGGUUAAAUUGUUCCUAGACAGGGGUGCCCAAGUUGAAAGAAAUCAUCUUUUCAUUGCAUGUGAAAGGGGGGAAUGUGCUGAUUCGUUACGGAGAGCUGAUGUGAAUACUCAGAAUUACGAAGGUAACACAUCACUGCACAUAGCAGUGGCACAUCAGUCCAGAAACAAAUCUGCAGACUUAAAAUGCGUUGAUGUGUUAAUGAAGGCUGGAGGUGAUGUCAAUGUACAGAAUAGAAACGGUGACACACCGCUUCAUAUUGCAGUAGAAUUAGAGUUUGAAGAAUGUGUUGAUCAGUUGUUGAAGUCUGGAGCUGAUGUGAAUAUACAGAAUAACAAAGGUGACUCACCACUUCACAUAGCAGCAACAAGCAUGUCUAAAGAAUGCGUUGAUGUGUUAAUGAAGGCUGGAGCUGAUGUGAAUAUACAGAAUGCCACAGGUGACACACCACUUCACAUAGCAUCAAAAAGUCUUUCUUUUCAGUGUGCUGAUUCAUUACAGAAGGCGGGAGCUGAUGUGAAUACUCAGAAUUACGAAGGUAACACAUCACUGCACAUAGCAGUGGCACAUCAGUCCAGAAACAAAUCUGCAGACUUAAAAUGCGUUGAUGUGUUAAUGAAGGCUGGAGCUGAUGUGAAUGUACAGAAUACAACAGGUGACACACCAUUGCAUAAAGCAGCUUCCAGUCAGUCAAAAGGUUGUGUGGAUGAGUUGUUAAAGGCUGGAGCUGAUGUGAAUGUACUGAAUAAUAAAGGGGACGCCCCACUACAUAGCGCAGUAGUGUCUACAGAGUGUGUUGAUGUGUUACUGAAGGCUGGAGCUGAGGUGAAUGUUCAGAAUACAACAGGUGACACACCACUACACAGAGCAGCUUCAAGUCGGUCAAAAGGGUCUGUGAAUGAGUUGUUGAAGACUGGAGCUGAUGUCAAUGUACAGAAUACCACAGGUCCACACCCUUUCCCUCUGGAGGGGCAUGCUGGCCUGAAGAGUGGGAUGAAGAGUGGAUGCAGACCCGGGUUCAUUUACUCAUGCGAAAAAGAAGACAGCAAUGUGUUGUCUGUUGAGAUUUUAAAAUACAUUUGUGGAUAUGUGCCUGCUUUAUCGACCCACUAACAAAUGGCAAUAGCCUGUUAGUCUUAAGUUAGGUGUUAUUUUAAUGUUUUAAAAUAUAUUUUAACGUGAGGCAGUAAAUGUUUGCACAGUUGCCUCCUUUAGAUUUCCUAUCGUCAUAAGUCCAGCUGGAGUUAUCUCCCUUCCAUUGCACGUUAGACAAGUAAGCACGCCCGCCCGCAUGGCGGUACAGCGCUCAUAAUUUUCCCCAGCCCACCCACCCAGUAGUAUUACUGUUUUGAGGCUAUGGCUAAUUACUCAGAUUUAUGUAUAUAUCUGUUAAUAGCAAGUUAUUUCAGGAUGUUUGGAGGAAUAAUUCUUGUCUGUAUUAAGCCCCCGCAUGAGGGCUUUGUAUUAGUUUCUCCUCCACUGGUGUAUUAAAGUUGCCAAUCUUUCA